UGGAAUUAGCUCUGUAGACCAGGCUGGCCUUGAACUCACAGCAACACUUUGGCCAUGAAGACUAGGCCAUUGUUUGACCCUGAAGCUAGAGGCAGUUCAAAUUUAGGGAUUAUUUCCUGAAGAAAUUUUUUAAUAACUAUUGGUAUUCUGGUGGUGUAGGCCUAUACCCAUCCUGAGAAGAUGUAUACAAACACCAGCAAAUAUUUAUAGCCAAAAAUAGUAGGCCUGAUUUCAGUAAAGUCUAACACUCAAUUUUCCCUGGCCCAUUUCCUUGAGCCUGGAUCCCAUCUAGGGUCUUCCUUUCUCCUUUCAGGUUUAUCUGAGCACAGGUAGCACAUCUAAAGCACAUCUAAAAGUGGUGUUUUAAUCAGGCUUUCUGAAUUUGGAACAUAAUACUUGCAUCUGAGAGUUCAGUUUUCAUGGCCCCUAGGUAGAUGGCUUGGUGGAGAUCCAUAACUAGUUGUCUUCCUAGACUUGAGAGAAGGAUGGUCUGCCGUCCAGCAGCAACCACCAUCCUUGUUUAUCCUUGGAGAGGCCCCACUGGUUCUAGGGCCACUUCCUGGGUGGCCAAGUUAGCUACUCAGUUGCCUCGGGCUUCUGGGAAUCUGUUUUGGUGUCCUUUCCUUUGCAGUGAACAACGGCCACCCUUUUAGGUAACCAGAUAGCUAGCAUUAGGGCUAAGAUUUCUUCUCUAUUUUCGAUUUCUUUUCCUGCUUGGGUUAGCACAUCCUUUUUUCCUUGUGUAGAGUCCCAUGGACAUGAGCCAUGACAAAAGCAUAUUGUCUGUCAGUGUAUAUGGUGAUAGCCUGGUCUUUCCUCCAGUAGAGUGCUUGAAUCAAAGCUAAAAGCUCCACUCAUUGAGCUGAGGUUCCCCUGCUUAAAGAUUUAUACCUGAUCUGUCUUGGAUGAAACUGCUUCUGUCUGUAAACAAUACCUUGUGUGGUGUCACUAACAGGUCAUCAGUCAGAUCAGUCCUGAUGGACUAGAUUAGGUCAGUCACUUCAAGAUAGUCAUUCAGGGGUUCUUCAGGGCCAUCAUCCAGCAGGAGACUGGCUGGGGUGAUGUCUUGUCAAACCAAAUUCUGGCUUGAUUUGAGAAGCAGGGCUUGGUAUUGGGUCACCUGGGUGUUAGAUAUUUAUCUAUCAGGUGCCCCCUCAAGAAGGCCAAGAGUGUGGGGCUGUCAGAACAGUUAGUACCCUAAAAGUUAAUUUGUCAGCUGCUUUUACCAGCAGGGUGGUGGUAGCUAUGGACCUUAUAUACAUACAUCCAGCUGUGACUGGGUCAAGUCUCUUGGAAAGAUAUACCACUGGUCUUUUCCAGGGUCCCAGGGUUUAUAUGAGGACCCUUAAGGCAAUGCCUCUUGGCCUCACCCACAUACAAGUGGAUGUGUGGGAGGGCCAGGGUUGAGACAGAUACCAGGGUCUUUUUCAAGGCUUCAGAGUUCCUCUGAUUAAUGUCAGUUCGUUCCAAAGGCUGUAUACCCCUGGUAUUGCCAUAGAGGGGCUUGGCUGUUUCAAUAAAUCCCAUUAUCCAUAUCCUGCAGUAUCCAACUGCCUUCAGAAAAUCUUUUUUUUUCCUUCAAUGUGGGAGCAGGGAUAUGCAGGAUAGCUGAAAUACAAUCAUGGGAAAUUGUCCACUUAUCCUCUAGGUUGUAGUCUAGGUAUGUGAUCUGAGGGACUUCGCAGUUGAGCCUUCUUGGCUCACAUUCUGUACUCCAGGACUUGGAGGGUUUCUAAAAGGGCUUCUGUCACCUUUCUGCAUUCAUCCUCAGUGUUUUGCUAUGAAGAGGUUAUCUACAUACUGGAGAAGGGUGCUUUGUAGACUUGUUGCCUGAAUUCCAACAGAUCUGCACUCAGGGCUUCAAAAAACAAUGUUGACCAUCCUCAAAGAGGGCAUGCUGACCAAACAGAACAACUCGUUCCAACGAUCCAAAAGGAGGUACUUUAAGCUUCGAGGACGAACACUGUACUAUGCUAAAACUGCAAAGUCGAUCAUAUUUGACGAGGUAGACCUGACUGACGCCAGUGUGGCAGAAUCUAGCACCAAAAAUGUCAACAACAGUUUCACGGUCAUCACUCCCUGUAGGAAGCUCAUCUUGUGUGCCGACAACAGGAAAGAAAUGGAAGAUUGGAUUGCAGCACUCAAGACUGUCCAGAACAGGGAGCAUUUUGAGCCUACCCAAUACAGUAUGGACCAUUUCUCAGGGAUGCACAACUGGUAUGCCUGUUCCCAUGCACGGCCAACCUAUUGCAAUGUGUGUCGUGAAGUUCUGUCUGGAGUCACAUCCCAUGGGCUGUCCUGUGAAGUGUGUAAGUUUAAGGCUCACAAACGGUGUGCUGUGCGUGCAACCAGUAACUGCAAGUGGACCACAUUGGCUUCGAUUGGGAAGGAUAUCAUUGAGGAUGAGGAUGGGAUUGCCAUGCCCCACCAGUGGCUGGAAGGAAACCUGCCUGUGAGUGCCAAGUGCACUGUGUGCGACAAGACCUGUGGCAGCGUGCUGCGCCUGCAGGACUGGCGCUGCCUCUGGUGCAAGGCCAUGGUUCACACAUCGUGCAAAGAGUCCUUGGUGACAAAGUGCCCACUUGGACUGUGUAAGGUGUCUGUCAUCCCUCCCACAGCACUCAACAGUAUUGACUCUGAUGGGUUCUGGAAGGCCACCUGUCCCCCGUCUUGCACAAGCCCCUUGCUGGUCUUCGUCAACUCCAAAAGUGGAGACAACCAAGGUGUGAAGUUUCUCAGAAGAUUCAAGCAACUGCUGAACCCUGCCCAAGUUUUUGACCUCAUGAAUGGAGGACCACACCUUGGCUUACGGUUAUUUCAGAAGUUUGACACCUUCCGGAUUCUGGUUUGUGGCGGGGAUGGCAGUGUUGGCUGGGUCCUCUCUGAAAUCGACAGUCUCAACCUUCACAAACAGUGUCAGCUAGGUGUGCUGCCCCUGGGGACAGGGAAUGACCUGGCCCGUGUUCUCGGCUGGGGCUCUGCCUGUGAUGAUGACACCCAGCUCCCUCAGAUCUUGGCGAAGCUGGAGAGAGCCAGCACUAAGAUGCUGGACAGGUGGAGUGUCAUGGCAUAUGAGACCAAGCUUCCUCGGCAGGCCUCCUCCUCCACAGUCACUGAAGACUUCGGCGAGGACUCAGAGGUGCAACAAAUUCUCUUCUAUGAAGACUCGGUUGCAGCCCAUCUUUCUAAAAUCUUGACUUCAGACCAGCAUUCUGUGGUGAUCUCAUCAGCCAAAGUGCUCUGUGAGACAGUGAAGGACUUUGUAGCUCGUGUGGGCAAGGCCUAUGAGAAGACGACAGAGAGCUCACAGGAGUCUGAGGUCAUGGCCAAGAAGUGCUCUGUCUUGAAAGAGAAGCUCGACUCUCUCCUCAAGACCUUGGACGACGAGUCUCAGGCUUCAUCCUCUCUGUCCAAUCCACCUCCAACCAUUGCUGAGGAGGCUGAGGAUGGGGACGCAUCAGGCAACAUCUGUAACUCUGCUGGGGACCGGCUGAUGGGCUCGGCGUGCCCCUCCCGGCCACAGAUCUUCCGGCCUCGGGAACAGCUAAUGCUGAGAGCGAACAGCCUGAAGAAAGCAAUUCGCCAGAUCAUAGAGCACACAGAAAAAGCGGUGGAUGAGCAGAACGCCCAGACCCAGGAGCAGCAGGGUUUUGGACUGGGCCUCUCUGAAUCUGAGGAGAAGAAGGACCUGAAAACUGAUAAUAGGGUGUGCCCAACAUCUGCCCAUAGUGAGAGCUGUGUAGUUGCCAAGGGGAGGAGCCACCGCAAAGCAUCCAGAGCCCCUUGUGAAAAGCUAAUGAGCAAAGGCCUGUCCCUUGGCAGCUCUGCCUCACUCCCUCCCCAGACAGGAAGCCGGGAUAGCCUGCCUGCUCUGAACACCAAGAUCCUGUAUCCAAGUGUUCGGGCAGGGAUGUCUGGCUCCUUGCCGGGGGGCUCAGUCAUCAGUCGCUUGCUAAUUAAUGCUGAUCCCUUUAAUGCUGAACCUGAAAACCUAGAGUACUACACAGAGAAGUGUGUCAUGAACAACUAUUUUGGCAUCGGCUUGGAUGCGAAGAUAUCUCUGGACUUUAACAACAAACGUGAUGAGCACCCAGAGAAAUGCAGGAGUCGGACUAAGAACAUGAUGUGGUACGGUGUCCUGGGCACCAAAGAACUGCUGCACAGAACCUAUAGGAACCUGGAGCAAAAGGUCCUGCUGGAGUGUGAUGGGCGCCCGAUUCCCCUCCCGAGUCUUCAGGGAAUUGCUGUUCUCAACAUUCCCAGCUAUGCCGGAGGGACCAACUUCUGGGGGGGCACCAAGGAAGAUGAUACUUUUGCAGCUCCAUCAUUCGAUGAUAAGAUUCUGGAGGUGGUCGCUGUGUUCGGCAGCAUGCAAAUGGCUGUGUCUCGUGUAAUUAAGCUACAGCAUCAUCGGAUUGCCCAGUGUCGCACAGUGAAGAUCUCCAUCCUGGGGGACGAGGGUGUGCCUGUACAGGUGGAUGGAGAAGCCUGGAUCCAGCCCCCUGGGUACAUUCGGAUUGUGCACAAGAACAGGGCACAGACGCUGACCAGAGACAGGGCCUUUGAGAACACUCUGAAGUCUUGGGAGGACAAACAGAAGUGUGAGCUGCCCCGCCCACCAUCCUUUUCCCUGCACCCUGAGAUCCUGUCCGAGGAGGAAGCUACCCAGAUGGACCAGUUUGGGCAAGCAGCAGGGGUCCUCAUUCACAGCAUUCGGGAAAUAGCACAGUCCCACAGAGACAUGGAACAAGAACUCGCACACGCUGUCAACGCCAGCUCCAAAGCCAUGGAGCGAGUAUACGGCAAGCCCAGAACUGCAGAGGGGUUGAACUGCAGCUUUGUUCUGGAGAUGGUGAAUAACAUCAGAGCGCUGCGCAGUGAGACAGAGCUGCUGCUGGCUGGGAAGAUGGCCCUGCAGUUGGAUCCCCCUCAGAAAGAAAGACUUGGAGCUGCCCUAGUCGAGAUGGACCAGCAGCUCAGGAAGCUGACAGACACACCCUGGCUCUGCCAGCCCAUGGAGCUUGGUGAGGAAGAGAAUGUGAUGCUGGAUCUUUCUAAACGCAGCCGCAGUGGUAAAUUCCGCCUCGUGACCAAGUUUAAAAAGGAGAAAAAUAAUAAGAACAAAGAAGUUCACAGUAGCCUAGGAGCCCCUGUUCACCUCUGGGGGACAGAGGAGGUUGCUGCCUGGCUGGAGCACCUCAGUCUCUGUGAGUAUAAGGACAUCUUCACGAGGCACGACAUCCGGGGCUCUGAGCUCCUGCACCUGGAGCGGAGGGACCUCAAGGACCUCGGCGUGACCAAAGUGGGCCACAUGAAGAGGAUCCUUUGUGGGAUCAAGGAGCUGAGCCGGAGCUCCCCUGCCGCCGAGGCCUAGCCUCUGCAUUCUCUGCCUGCAUCUUCCGCUCCUCCCGAGACUGAGGCCCAGGGAGGACACUGCCACCACUCAGCCCCUGGCCUUUCUCAUGGUGCUAUUCCCUUUGUUAAUGACAGAAAGCCUGAUGCCCCUUGGUAACAGCUUUGAAGUCUUGAACAUUACCAACACAGCUACCUUUGAGAAUCCCUUUCCUAGCUGCAGUCAUGGGGCAGACUGUGGCAGUCCCACUUGUGGCUCUCGCUGACCCACCUUGUGGGCCACAGAGAAUAUGGUGAAGCCUGACCUCCCAGCACCUGGCACCCCUGCAGAACCUCCUUACCUGGGCCACAUGCUCGGAUUGUCCUGUGUACUCCUUUUCAGUGUCCUUUAUUGGUCACACUGGGCAGUACCAUCUCCACCUCUACUGGGUCUCAGAAGCAGAGUUGGGUCCAGCCUCAGUGGUCCUCACCAGAAUGUUCUCUGUGCCUGACAGCCACUCUGUGGUUCUUCACAGCAGCCCCACAAAGGCCACCCACUGCUAUUGCCCCCUUUGUUCAUGAGUUUUAAUUUUUAGAAACAAAAAGUUAUGUACUUUCCUGGUUUGAAAGUGACAUGGAUGUGUUUCCAGGCUUAUUAGAAUCUGUGAAGGUGGACAGGAAAGCCUCCUGCUUAGGCCAGGCCUUAGGGCACUGGGCUCUCCACGGGGCUCUAAGCAUGUGGACAGUCCAUGUAUCUCCUCAGGAUGCUACAGGCGCCUGCAGUCUAGUCUGGGGCAGGCAGACAAGGAUGAGUUUACACUAGCUCAGCGUUACUGUGGAGACCAAGCUUCCUGGGUGCUGGAGACGACGUAUGCCAUGGGAGAAUGAAUGGUCAGCAGGGGCAGUCUGGGUCCAUCAUCUCAGGUGGCCCAGAGUCUCAGGCUCUGUAGUGACUUCUCAUCUGCUGCGAAGACUCUAACCACAGCCCACGAUGCUGCUGCCCUGCCAGGAUCUGCUGGGCAGCACUGGUUCUCAAACAGCAGGUGGCACUGUGGGUAGCAGCAGCUCCACAAGGCCCAGACUACAUGCUGUGGGCAGUUCCCAGGUGAGGAUGCCCCUGACAUUCCCUUUUCCCCACAGGGACUUGUAGACCAGCUGGAAAGGGCUUUAGCUCAGCCUUGGUAGGAGGCUGCUGGGCUGUGGUCCUUACCCAGAGAGGACAGUGCCGUGGACUCGGCCAAUGCUUUCCUAUUUGACAUGAAGAAGUGCUGAGCUUGGACUCGGGGGGGGGGGGGGCCUCCAGCAGCCCCAGCUGAGGAGGCAGGGUUGACGUGCUGCUUGUUCUGCAGACAGACGCCCUGGGCAUCUUCCCUUCCCUGUCAGUCACAGGCAGAUCUGGGAGCCCUGGCCAGUAGAGUGGCGUAUGGAGAGCCUACAGCGCAAUCGCUGCUGCGCUGUGCCCCAGGCCUCGAGUUCUGCCACAGCAACUGCCUGUCUCUGUGGGACCCGCUGCCCAUCACAUGUGGGCUUCCCUGCCUCCAUGAAAGCAACCCUGAAUGGAAACAGCUGUCACUUUUCCAUCUGUUCUGUUCUCAUUGAGCAGUCAGUUGAGACCUGAAUGUGAAGGCAGGGAUCAUCUGGCCUAGGAGAAGUCAGAGCCUGUGACAGACCAACAGAAACUUAGGUGAGGAGGAACCCGAGGAGGAGGAGAAGCAACUGAGGGCAACACUCAAGUCCUCAGUGGCCUCUUGAGAAAGCAUUGCAUUUGGGUGAGGGGUGCUGGAAAUCAGUGUUGUCCAUGACUGACACGGCACUGUUUAUACAGUCAACAAGAAAUGAGAGCUCCAGUCUGAGUGCUGGAGGGGCCUGUCAGAGGGGGAGAGAAGGAAGGACCCCUGAGGAAUUGGAGAAAAGGUUUUGUGCCUGCAGGUGGGGCUAACCCUCAUAUUUAUAAUCUUAAUUUAUAGUGACCACCUGGAGCCGAUGCCUCUUGUAUUGUUAUGUACAUAGUCCGCAUCAGAGGAUUGUAAAUAAGUUCUUCUCUGUAUAAUAAAAACAAGCCUGUUUUUGAUCUUC